AUGGCGUCAGAACCAGCAUUAUUGACAGCAAUACAUUUCUUACAAAACCCUAUACCUCAAUAUGUGUUGGGAACAUUACCAGCUAUAGCAAUAACGGGAACAAAUCCAGAAAAUUCUUUGUCAGAUAAGCUUUAUAGGCUAUUACAAUGUCUUAGUUGUCCGUUUAUAGGAUUAUUCUACUUUUGUAAUGUAGUGAGCAAGGAUGCAGGGAGUAAGGAAGUAGAGAGCACAAAAGUACAAAUGAGCGCAUAUUGGCUUGAAAAAGAUGAACAUUCUCUUGAAAAAGAAUAUUUCAUUCACAAUCAGAAUGAUAGCAGUAGCGCUCAAGGGAGUGCCAGCAAUGACGAUCAACCUUCCAUUCAAACUGAAGAUAGCAGUAACGCUCAAGAGAGUACCAGCAAUAAAGAUCAAAUUUCCGGUGAUAGCGUUAAAAUUUCCGUUCAAAGUAAUUAUCUCAUUACUUUUGGAUACUAUAAAAUGAAAUUGAAUUCCGAACAGAAGGCAAAACUAGAAAACUGGGUAGCAAACGCAUCCUUAUUAGAUAGACUGGCAUCAUUAGUGUCUGCAUAUUACAUAUUGGUUGGUAUAUUUGUGGGGAUAUCUAAAGCAGCAGGACCAUGUAUGGAAGAUAAUUCGUUAGAAGAUUGGCCAUUCAUACCAUUGUUAUUCAUUUGGACGUUACCCAUAAUUUACGUAAGAAUAAGAAGGGGAAAAGUAGUAUAUAAAUUGUCAAAAAACGACGAAAAUUAUUUUGAGACUCAUCCAAUACAUGUCACAGCUCUUAAAGGCAAGGAUCGUAAUAAUAAAAGAAUAUAUGUAGCAAUUACUGCUUUAUUUUCAGUAACAACGCCUUGGUUAGCAGUAAUUAUCGCAUAUUACACUCCCCCAAUUGGAUUUUUCUGCCGGAUAAUGGCAUUUGGACAAGUUUCGGAAAUUAUCUAA